AUGUAUUGCUUCACUUCCGAAUUUUCUCAGUAUACUGCACUAGGAGCUCGGUCAAAGGUUGUAUGCAAAGACCCAGUAACGCAAGAGAUCUACCAGUUCAGGGACAGUUGGCUACGCCAAAGAGAAAAAGAACUUGAAUAUUGCCGGUGUGCGAUCAACAGCAUCAUUUGUCAUAUUGUGCCAGGCACAGCCUGCAGCAGGAGGCAACAGUGCUUCAAUGAGGGCCGCUGCAAGCAAGCAUUAUACUCUUCUAACUUCUUCAUCUGCUUAUGCCGCCCAGGCUUCUCUGGGAAGCGAUGUGAGAUUGAUACCAAAGCCAAGUGUUACGAGGGCGCUGGAGAGAGCUACAUGGGGACAUGGAACACAACUGUGAGUGGAGCCAAGUGCUUGAACUGGAAGCUUGAUUCCUUGAGGAAUAAGCGGUACAAUGCAUACCGGGCAGAUGCCGCUAGGUUGGGCCUUGGAAACCACAACUAUUGCAGAAACCCAGAUUCCGACACCAUGCCCUGGUGCUUUGUCUACAAAGGAAACAAGUACGGCUUUGAGUUCUGCAGCCUCCCUCCCUGCGCCAACAAAAGCCACACUUGCAUUUCUGGAAGGGGCAACAACUAUCGAGGUCCCCACAACCGCACGGAAUCCGGCGCUGCUUGCUUGAGGUGGGAUUCCCAGCUGCUUACUGGGCUGGUCUUCAAUGCCCGCAGGGAGGAUGCAGAGCAGCUCGGUCUCACUAGCCACAACUUCUGCAGGAAUCCUGAUAAUAGCACCCAGCCUUGGUGCCACAUGCUCAGGGGUGGCAAGAGGAAGUGGGAGUACUGCAAUGUGCCAGCUUGCUCCACGUGUGGAACGAGAAAGUACCGGCAGACUCAGUUUCGGAUCAAAGGAGGCCUCUACUCGUACAUCCAGUCCCACCCGUGGCAGGCGGCCAUCUUUGUCAGGGUACAAGGAGUGGAGGCCUACCUCUGUGGUGGGGUCCUGAUCCAUUCCUGUUGGGUCCUCUCAGCUGCCCACUGCUUUGUGGAAAGGUUUGACACCAGUCGUCUCAAGGUUGUGUUGGGCAGGACUUCCCGCAGAAACCCGGAAUGGUCUGAACAGACAUUCUCAGUGGAGAAAUACAUUGUACAUAAAAGCUUUGUGCAAAGCACCUUUGACAACGAUAUUGCUCUUCUGAAGCUGAAGUCCUUGUACAAUGAGUGUGCAAUGGAGACAGACUCCGUUCGUCCUGUCUGCCUCCCAGAGCCUGGGCUGAAGCUGCCUGACUGGACAGAAUGUGAGAUCUCAGGCUACGGCAAACAUGAAGAAUUUUCUGCUUUCUUCUCGGAGCGUCUGAAGGAAGGACAUGUGAGGCUGUAUCCAGACAGCCAAUGCACACCCAAGCUCCUUUCAAACAGGACAGUCACUGAGAACAUGCUGUGUGCAGGAGACACCAGGGAGAUUGAUGAUGCCUGCAAGGGUGAUUCUGGUGGGCCUUUGGCUUGUCUGAACGAUGGCCAGAUGAACCUCCUGGGGAUCAUCAGCUGGGGCGUGGGUUGUGGGAAGAAGGGCAUCCCGGGCGUCUACACAAAGGUGGUUCACUAUCUGAGCUGGAUUCAUGAGAACAUGAAGCCUUAAUGGCACCCGCAAGCCAGUCAUUCUUCCCAUUGGAGAGACAGUGGACGGCAGAACAAGAAACUUGUUUCCAUAUGUAUGGAGUGGGAGCUGGCAGAAAGCAGGCAUGUGCAUGUCUGAAUGCACCUGCGUGUCCAGCAAGCAGUAUGACCCUGACAUGCACUUUCUAUGAGAGGAAUGAAAUCUUCAGCAUAGAGCCACACUUGCAUUGUAUAUCUUUCCCACUUCCACCCAGUAAAGAACUUUUCAAACCAGGAAGUGCUCUAAAGAGCAGUUUAUGAACAGGAGAAGACAGAGAGUGUAUUACUCUAGCAGCAGGCUACACAAUGAUGAUAUUGGGGGGGGGGCAGCCAGUAAUAAUAAAUGCUCUCUCAUGCGCUUCGCCUGCUGAAUGAAGCAAGCUCGUUUCCUACAGGUAUGCAUGUGAAGGGAGUGGGGGCAUUGCAAAGGAGGGCCCUGAUCCAGGCCAGCUUGCCACUUCUCUCCUGCUAGGCCCCUGGCCUGAAAGACCCAAGGCUCCCCCAGCUGGGGACCAAAUCACACUUCUAGUCAGGAACACAUUCAGAUCCUUUUAAUCCAAAAGUUUGUUUGUUUGCAGGUAUUUAACCUUUCUGUGUAUGUUUUAUAUAAAACUCUCUUUAAUACCAUGUUAACCAUCUGUCCACAGGCAGAGUUUUCUGCCGCUACUUGAAAAUACUCCUGUGCUGAAAAUUGUCCUUCUGUGUGUGGUUCCUAGGGCAUUAAACUACCUUGUCUUUGAAUUAA